CUUGGUCCUUUCUUGUCUUUGCGAGUCUGUUUUGGUGUUUUGUUUUGUUAUUUUGCUAUGUAGCCUAAUGGCUUGUCUCCAACCAGUUUAAAGUCUUCCUUAGUUGCCUAUUACUCCCUGAGGGUUUCCUUUUGUCUGUCAUUUCCUAUAGUUUAAUGGCUUGUGUUUUUUCUGUAGCUUACUUUCUCUUCUUUCUUUUCUAGCUUUUGUUUUCAGUAAUUCCCCUCCCUAGAGUGUUUGCCAGUGGUAAUAUAACCAUGCUGUCUGUCUGGGCCCUGAUUUUUAGAUGUAUACUGAUGAUAAUAAAACCUUUUCUAUUUUUGAUUUUUUUUUCUAAUAAACAAAUUAUGGGAUUCACGACUCUUGUGUGGUGUGUUUGAACCAGUGUUUCUAAGGCCGGUGUGCCUAGUUGAAUGUUAGUUUAAUAUUCUCUGGGUGAAAUUCCUUGGGUGGCGUAGUCUGGCUACUUAGACAGGGCUGUGGGGCUCCCCCUUAUUUGAUCAAGUUCAGUUUGAAUUCUAGUUUUAUUGUUUUGGGUUUUUUGUUCAGUUCCAUUAUCCAUAUUCGUGGUUUGAUGUAUCUGUUAAUUGUUCUCUUAUCCUUUCUCUUUUUACUACUUUUAAUUACUUUACUUUUAAUUCUUACUACUUUUACUUAUAUUCGUUUUAGCUUUUCCUUGCUUACCUUCUUUUUCUUGUUUUUAUUUUGUUAUUUUGGUCUUUUUUUCAUUCUUUCAAUUUAAUUGCUUUUAUGUCCUAUAUGUCUUUUUAAUCUCUUAAUCAAUUUUCUUUUCUUCUUUAUUGUAACUGUCAAUUGAUUUGCCUCGACCGGAAAGCACUUUGGUUAAACUCUUGUUGUUUUUAAAUGCUGUAUAAAGAAAUGUGAUUUCACUAUGGCACUUGUCUUUUAGCGCUCUCCGAUAAACAGCUCUCUGCUUCAGCGUAUGAUCCAUGUGUAACCUGACAAAUUGAAGUGAUCAAUUCCGGAUGCAUUGAUUUAGCACGUGUGCUUCAUCCACUGACCACGGCUAGAGGUGCGCUUGCUCAAGAUACAAAAGCGUGCAUGCGCAAAGGAGGACAACUGAGGGGCGGGUGGACCAGGCGUAGAAAUCACACAGAUCGCUCGCCCAUUGGUUGCAACCGUGCUGGUACCCAGGAAAGAGGAAGGAGGCUCCAUCAAGCAACUAACAGAUCGCAAAUGAUGCUGGGAGAGGGACGCUGCGUGAUGGCGAAUACAGGACUGCUUGUAUCAGUGCAACAUCGGAAAAUGUCCUCUGGGAUUUGAGGGAUCGCGUUUGGAGUAUGAUUCACCGUCAGGUCAUACUGUCUCAGAGUCCUCCGCUCCUCUGAAGUGCCUACCCAUGAUGCAUUGCCCCGGUAGCACCCUGCCUACACUCUGAUUGGGCGCUUCAGUGCUGUAGAACUUGUACCAGAACCGGAUUCUCGGGCUGGCCAUCAUGGCCUCCCCGUCUCGCAUCUCCCAGAACCGCCGGCGUUCCAAGGAUCCGAUCCGGCACAGCUUCAACCCGGAGCAGUUCCCCAACGUGGACUUCCAGAAUGGCGUUCCAGAGGACCUGGUAGGCCUGCCACGCUCCACAAGCGACACAGACCUGGUGACCUCGCACAGCCGAUCCACGCUGGCCGUCAGUGCCUCCCACUACACCAUUGGCCAAUCACAGGACAUCACCCUCAGCUGGGACAUUAAGGAUGAGGUGGACGCGGGGGACUGGAUCGGGAUGUACCUUUUUGAUGAAGUCCUGUCGGAGAACUUUUUGGACUACAAGAACCGCGGCGUGAACGGCUCCCACAAAGGCCAAAUAGUGUGGAAGAUUGAGGCCAGCUCCUAUUUUGUGGAGCCGGAGACUAAGAUCUGCUUUAAGUAUUACCACGGAGUGAGCGGUGCACUGAGAGCCACCACCCCCAGUGUGACAGUGAAAAACCCCUCUGUACCGGUGUUUAAGCCUCCGUCUGCAGAGGAUGUUCCGCAGAGCCAGGGCAGCAGAAGACUUAUCAGCUUCUCACUCUCAGACUUCCAGGCCACGGGGCUGAAGAAGGGCAUGUUCUUUAACCCAGACCCGUACCUGAAGAUUGCCAUCCAGCCCGGCAGGCACAGCAUUUUCCCUGCGCUGCCUCACCACGGCCAGGAGAAACGCUCCGGCAUCGUCUGCAACACUGUCAACCCCGUCUGGCAGAGGGAGCGGUUUAGUUUCGUCUCUCUGCCCACGGAUGUCCUGGAGAUCGAGGUGAAGGACAAAUUUGCCAAAAGCCGCCCCAUCAUCAAGCGCUUCCUGGGAAAGCUGUCCAUGCCCGUCCAGAGACUGCUGGAGAAGCACGCUAUCGGGGAUCGGGUUGUCAGUUACUCGCUGGGCCGUAGGUUACCCACGGAGCAUGUCAGCGGUCAACUACAGUUCAGAUUUGAGAUCAACUCCUCAAAUCACCCAGAUGAUGAGGACAUGUCCCUGAGCACGGAGCUUGAGUGUGCAACCGUAUUAGAGGUGAGCGAGAGGGAGGAGGACGGACAGGAGGAGGAGGAGACAGGAGCUCCACGGCGCUCCCCCCAGACCGAGGAUGCCAUCAGCCUGGACCAGGCAGCUCCAGAGCUACCACUGGACGGGGAGCCUGAGGGCGGGCCCGAUAUCCCCAUGGACACAGAACCGGUGUCUGUGUCCGCAUCUGCGCCAGGGGGGGCAUCAGGCCCUGCAGAGGCCCAUGAGGAGCAACAGAGCCAGCGACAGCAGGAGAGGGAGGAUCAGGGAGGAGUGGGGGAGGUGGAGGAGGAGAGGAGAAGCCCCAGGGGACAGGAUGAAACAAAGCCCCAGAUAGGAGAGAGAUGCCUGGGGAGCGAGGCUGUGGCAACCCCCUCGUGGGAGCAGGAGUGUGGAAGUGAGGCAGCACCUGCUGAGGCAAUGGAAGUGGGAGGAGAGGAGCCUGAGGCUGCUGCUGCUGCUGCUGCUGCUGCUGGAGCUGCUCAGGAGGGUAGCAAUGGAGCGAUGCCACUGACAGCACUGGCACCAGCAUCAGAAGAGCAGGCAGAAGCAGGUACAAGCUGCGGAGCUGAGGCCUUGCUGGAGCCAGUGACAGAGCAGCAGCAGCAGCAGCUCCAUCAGGAGGUGGAGGAGAUGGACGGAGGGGAGGUGGAGCCGGAGGAGGUCUGCUCGCUGCGCGUGCGCACCACACCCCGGAGGAAGCCGCGGCCCUGCUCGCUGCCCGUGUCCGAGCUGGAGACGGUGAUCGCCUCGGCGUGCGGCGAGCCCGAGACGCCGCGCUCGCACUACAUUCGCAUCCACCGGCUGCUCCACAGCCUGCCCUCCGCCCACGAACAGGACCUGGUCGAAACCCACGACAACAACCACACCACCAACACCAACCACAACCAGCAGAAGCCAGCGGGGAGCCAGGAGGAAGAGGAGGAAGAUGAUGACGAAGAGGAUGAUGAUGACGAUGUGGUGCUGGAGCCCCACGCCCCGCUCUCGCCCAACGGCACGCCGUGCCCCCGCAGGACGCUGCCCCGCAGCCGCUCAGUGGAGCGUCUCUCCGACCUCAUCCACCAGCUGGACAGAGAUGGCCGGCCACUGGACACACAGGGCACUGGCGGCACCUCUGGGGCCUCAGGAGGAGGAGGAGGAGGAGGAGGAGGGGAGAGUGAGGAAGAGCUGAGUCCCGUGCCCUGCUGCAGUCACGCGGCUCAAGGCGCACUGGGCGGUGCCCAUGGGAGAGCCCUGUCACUCGACAGCGCACGCUGCUCCAACAGCACCGUCUUCUCCUCUCAGGAGGAGGAGGAGGAGGAGGAGGAGGACUAUGAUGAAGAUGGGGCCCGGCUUGUCAACGGUGUCCUGGACUCCGACUCGGACCAUGGGCUGGGGGCCCAGUGCAGGGAGCCAGGGGACGGACGGCCGCAGUGGGAGGAGGCCCCCUCCACCCAGGUCCAGAGCCCCCAGAGCAGUGUGGGUAAUGGGGUGUCACCUGUGGCGGGGCCCAGCAGCAGGACUGGACGUGAUUGUCCUUUGCCCUGUAGUCACCCAGCAGUCAGUCAGCUCCCGGCUCUACGGCCUGAUCCCCACCAUUACCCAACCAUCGACGAGCCUCUCCCACCCAACUGGGAGGCACGUAUCGACAGCCACGGCCGGGUUUUCUACGUGGACCACAUCAACCGCAACACCACCUGGCAGAGGCCCACGACCGCUGCCACUCCAGACGGCCUUCGCCGCUCCGGCUCCGUCCAGCAGAUGGAGCAGCUCAACAGGAGGUAUCAAACAAUUCAGAGAACCAUGGCAACAGAGAGGAGAGACGAAGAGGGAAACAGCUCCAGAGGCGAGACAGCGGGCAACAGUGAGACUGACUCACCACCACUCGCCCAUGAGUCGAGAAGGGAUACACCCUGCUCUCCAGGCCACUGUCAGAAGAUCACCCAGCUGCUCCAGAGUCCGGCCGUCAAAUUUAUCACCCACCCAGAGUUCUUCACUGUUCUCCAUGCCAACUAUGGUGCUUACCGGAUGUUCACCAACAGCUCCUGCCUCAAACACAUGAUCCUGAAGAUCCGGCGAGACGCUCGUAACUUCGAGCGCUACCAGCACAACCGCGAUCUGGUCACCUUCCUCAACAAGUUUGCCGACGCCCAACUGGAGCUUCCACGGGGAUGGGAGAUCAAGACAGACCCUCAGGGCAAGUCGUUCUUUGUGGACCAUAACAGCCGUGCCACCACCUUCAUAGACCCCCGUAUCCCGCUGCAGAACGGCAGGCUGCCCAAUCAUCUCACACAUCGCCAGCAUCUGCAGAGACUACGCAGCUACAGUGCAGGAGAGGCAUCUGAAGUGUCCCGCAGUCGUGGGGUGUCUCUGCUCACGCGGCCGGGGAACAGCCUUGUGGCCGCCAUACGCAGCCAAAGCCAGCAGGAGCCAGUGCCAUUAGCCUACAAUGAUAAGAUUGUGGUGUUUCUACGGCAACCCAACAUCUUUGAGGUGCUACAGGAGCGGCAGCCGAGCUUUGCCCGGAAUCACUCGCUGAAAGAGAAGGUUCACCACAUCCGCACAGAGGGGACUCAGAGACUGGAAAAGCUCUCCUGUGAUGCUGACCUGGUCAUGCUGCUGAGUCUGUUCGAGGAGGAGAUCAUGUCCUACGUCCCCUUGACCACCUUUCACCCGAGUUUCAGCUUCUCCCCCAGAUGUUCCCCAGGAUCCUCACCCCAGAACUCACCAGGCAUUCAGGAGCGGCUGCCCCUGCUCCCAGCCUGCUGUCUGCCUAUCGAUAGCUCACCAGGUACACAAAGAGCGCGAGCACCAGCCCCCUAUCGCAGAGACUUUGAGGCCAAACUCCGUAACUUCUACAGGAAGCUGGAAGCCAAAGGAUACGGCCAGGGCCCUGGAAAGAUCAAGCUGAUAGUCAGGCGAGAUCACCUGCUGGAGGGCACCUUUAACCAGGUGAUGGCCUACUCACGGAAGGAACUGCAGAGGAACAAACUCUACAUCACGUUUGUCGGAGAGGAAGGUUUGGACUACAGCGGGCCGUCACGCGAGUUCUUCUUCCUGCUCUCCCAGGAGCUCUUCAACCCGUACUACGGCCUGUUUGAGUACUCCGCCAAUGACACUUACACCGUCCAGAUCAGCCCCAUGUCCGCCUUUGUGGAGAACCAUCUGGAAUGGUUCCGUUUCAGCGGCCGUAUCCUUGGUCUAGCCCUAAUCCACCAGUACCUGCUCGAUGCCUUCUUCACGCGACCAUUUUACAAAGCCCUGCUCAGACUAGCAACUGACCUCAGUGACCUGGAGUACCUGGAUGAGGAGUUCCACCAGAGUUUACAGUGGAUGAAAGACAACGACAUCACCGAAGUCCUGGACCUCACCUUCACUGUCAACGAGGAGGUCUUCGGUCAGGUAACGGAGAGGGAGCUGAAAUCGGGCGGAGCAAACAUCCAGGUGACGGAGAAGAACAAGAAGGAGUACAUUGAUCGAAUGGUGAAGUGGAGGGUGGAGCGAGGGGUGGUGCAGCAGACGCAAGCGCUGGUCAGAGGCUUCUACGAGGUGGUGGACUCUCGGCUGGUGUCUGUGUUUGAUGCCAGAGAGCUGGAACUGGUCAUCGCAGGAACAGCCGAGAUCGACCUGAACGACUGGAGGAACAACACAGAGUACCGAGGAGGCUACCAUGAUGGGCACAUUGUGAUCCGGUGGUUCUGGGGAGCCGUGGAGCGCUUUAAUAAUGAGCAGCGCCUGCGUCUGCUCCAGUUUGUGACGGGCACCUCCAGCGUGCCCUACGAGGGCUUCACUGCACUGCGCGGCAGCAAUGGCCUCCGCCGCUUCUGCAUCGAGAAGUGGGGCAAGAUUACCUCACUGCCCAGGGCUCACACAUGCUUUAACCGUCUGGAUCUACCCCCCUACCCUUCCUAUACGAUGCUCUAUGAGAAACUGCUCAUCGCUGUGGAGGAGACCAGCACGUUUGGCCUGGAGUAAUGACUCCUCACCUGUAGGCCUAUCCAGCACGUUUGGCCUGGAGUAAUGACUCCUCACCUGUAGGCCUAUCCAGCACGUUUGGCCAGGAGUAAUGACUCCUCACCUGUAGGCCUAUCCAGCACGUUUGGCCAGGAGUAAUGACUCCUCACCUGUAGGCCUAU